CCUUUGGCCAGUGUUAACUUGGUAUUGGAUCUUUAACUUUGGAUCAUAUUACUCUAUAAUGUUGAUUACUUUGUAAAAUCGUAUUCUGUUCGCCACUAGCUAAUAUUCAAGACACGCAAGGACCCACACAGCAUUAAAAACGGAUCGAAUGCCAUCAGCUUAUUCCGAAAUCAGAGUCAAAUUUGAUGACAAACUUUUGUUGCUGGUGAAUCUCAGAAUCUUGGAUGGAGCGACCUGUUUGAACAGAAAGGUCCAAGUCUAUACCUCCCUGAGAAUCCGUCACUCCGUCAUUCUCGCGGCAUCCUUUGGAACAGUGCUAAGAAACCUCACGACAACUUCACGAUUAGUUUGCUAUCAGCUCGGGUUCAAAGGGAGUUAAGUGUGCUGGAGUGUUUAUCAGCACACACAGAAAAGGGGUUUGAUAUUUAUAUUGCAAAGCAAGUCUGCAGAGACUUGGUGGAAAUCGGACUUUUCAUGUACAGAGAUCACAAAGAAGAGCACUUCCGCUUAUGAUUGAGAUUGUAUGAGUAUUUCGGUGAGAACUUUGUGGCAGACAUGGAAAAAAUGAAAGGAAAACUGGCCAGAUUUCAUAUGCGUACACCACCCCCAGUUCGAUGGUGAAUUUAGGUGAAACAUUUGACUUGUGGAUUGACCAAAGAAAUCUAUACCUUCCUUUGAUUUUCAUUGCAUAGCCGAUUAAAAGCAAGCAAAAUGAAAAAGAAAUCAAUAGGCACUGAUGUUCAUCAGGUAGUAGCAGUUUUAAGCGUCGUCAUCGUUUUGUUGGUAAUAAUAGUUGUGUUGUUGGUAGUCUACAUCGCUGUCCUCAAAUGGAAAAAGGGUCGACGACGUCGUUCGGAACGCGACAUCGAUCAACCGACAUCGAUGUUUCACCAUCUCCCGUCAAACUGCAUUAUAUCCAACGCGAUCAUGUCCAUGACCGAUUACCAGAUCAGGAAAGAACGGGAGAACACCAAGGUGAAUCCUGCGUACGUUCCAGAGGAUGAUGAACCCCAGAAUGGAUGGGAGCUAAGUUGUGGACCUUGUGGUGGCGACUCGAACGGCCAUCGCGAGAAUGAAGAAAAUGUGACUCAUGAGCAGGAAAUAUUAACGCCCUAUAGUUGUGGUAGUGGUCGUAUCGACAGUGAGUUGAUCGAGCUUUUGAAAACAGAUAUGAAGGAAAGUGUCACUGUUGAGGUCGAUAGCAAGCUGUUGGUGUUUAUGUCCAGAGAGAUUGAUGAUUCAGGUGGAACUCUUGUUCUGGACAAGAUGGGCAUUUCACUCAUAAUUCCUCCCUGCGCCAUCCCUCGGGGUAAGAAGGAGAUCAUACAACUGGUCCUUGACUGGGAUCUAAGCGACUUCCCACCGAUGAAAGAGACACAAACUAUCAUAAGCCCUGUUGUUCAUUGUGGUCCACAUGGACUGAAGCUGGCAAAGCCUGCAAUUCUAAGCUUCAUGCAUUGUGCAGAUGAUACCAGAGACAUCGUGGUGUUGUCCAGCGAGACGCACUUGACACAGGACAAGCAUUGGAAACCCAUCCAGCAUCGGAAGAAAUGUGGGAAGGUUGAAUAUGCGCUCCUUGAAAACCAAUGUCAGGUGUACCUAUCUCAUUUCUCUUUGUACACAUGUAUCGCUCAAGGAUCACAUCCUAAGUUGACAAAGAAGUGGAUUCAACUCGCCGCGUUCGGAAAGAAGGAGGGAGGCCAAUUCCAAGUCUUGAUGUACAUGCUCAACAACACGCCAUGUGCUCUGCAGUUUGCAACCCAGCAACAAGCCAAGUAUAAUUGUCCAAUGCUUCGAUGUCCGUUGGAAUUUUUAAUUGACGAAGAAGGAGGAGAUCUUGUUUUCGAAUUGAAACACCUUAAUGAUGGAUGGAGUCCUGUGGGUCGAAAAUUUGAGGAAACUGGACUUUUCCCUGACAUCUGGCAAGGAAAGUGUAAUAACAUUUCAUUCACCUUCAAGCACGUCGAUCCAUCCUGCAAUGACCUCAACUUCAAUAUCUGUCUCUUUCAGAAGCACAUGCCAGAAGUGAAGAGACACUUCGAAGUUGCCAUGUCAUUCCAAAUGAAAAGUUCAGCUCGAAGUCGGACAAAGCGAAGGUUCGCACAACCGACCACCAAUCUGAACUUGAAUCUCUCUCCUGCUCUCCCUUCUGUAGUCAUCAACGGAUUCGACAGCGGUAUUUCGACCUCUGCUUCGGAGACGACGUCAUUCAAGUCAGUGAUCAUGGAUCAAUAUCACAUCAAUGGCAUUGAUAUCCAUACUGAUGACGACAAGGAGGCUCAGUUCGAUAUGGUUGUUUCUGGUUGUUGCGGAGGAGAUCAGGCAUUUGAUGGUAGCGAGUACAGUGACGAUGACGAUGAUGAUCAGGAAGAUUUGGAGAAGGUGACACCGGCCACAAAAGAAGACAUAGUCAACGACGGAAUGAUGGCUGUAAAGACACGUCAAAGACGGUCGAGGACAUUUCCUGGAAGUAACAACUCUACAAGCACAACAAAUAUCAACAUUCACACGGGGACAGUUGUCCAGUCUUCUACACCCCUUGAUCACCAUAGUCUUCCGCAUGAUGAUCCGCCUCCUGCUGUCUUCCCUCUUCGGCUCCGAUCAAAGCUCAUGGCUUUACUUGACCCUCCUUGCCCUGUCACAUCAUCGGUCAAUGACUGGCGUGUUCUGGCUGAGAGUCUUCAUCUAGAUGCAUUGGUGAGUUUUAUUCGUAUGAAGCCGAGUCCUACUGAGGAGUUAUUGGACGUCGCAGCGCAGAAAGGGAAGGACUGUCGGUGGCUCUACGGUGUUCUUCGUGACGCUGAAAGGUACGAUGCGGCGAACGAGGUUGGCAAGUACCUACAGGAUGGAAGCGAAUCGCCGAGACGGAACAAUGAAGAAGAUCCCGGAUGCAUUGAUCCCAGAAUCUCUGAGACACGAGCUUGAAGUUUCUAAAUGUUGGGCGUAUUUAUAUUCGCAUCAUAGCCUUUGUAUAAAAAGGAUAAUGUGAAUUAGUGUUGAUCUUGACUUUCGUUCUAUUCUUUAAGACAAUUUUUGCAAAAAGGUUAUUCAGAUCAGGAAACAUCAUGUAUUUUUUUAUAUUGGUUUAUUUUCUAAUCUAUUUGUCUGUUAUUUUAUAUUUCUAUCAAGUCGUUCCUUUAUUUAUUUUUGUUUUCAUUAUUCACCAGGUUAUCAAGUUCGUUAUCUAUCUGUUAUGUCAUACAUUCAGAUUAUAUUCUUAUCUGUGCAUUUAUCAUUAUUUGUUAUCAUGAUAAUCAUUACAAAAUGAACACACUUACCAAGUUUACCAAACAACCAAAGCAACAAUAAUAAAAACAUUAAGUAAAUAAGAUGCGAAUACUGUUGCUACCGGUGGUGAAUAUUCAAUGUCUCCACCUGGCCCUCGGUACAUAAAAGUUAACAGUAUGGGAACUUUGCCACCAAAUGGUAACUGCCAUGGUAACGUGGCGCUGAAGCCAAUCAAAAUCAAGGAUUCUGAGAAAGUUACCAUUGGAUGGCAGCGUAACUUUAAUAGUUACUUUUAUUCGACCGGGUCCAGAAUGAUUGUAUUCAAUUUGGAAUUAUUUUUCAUUUUGUAGUCUCAGUUCAUUAUCACAACAAUAUAUAAUGUACCGAUAAUUCAGGUCGAAAAGAAAUAGACAUUAGGCAAGAAGCUGGGGGUAAUUACUUUUAAGGUUGAUUUUGGGAAGAAUAAUAGGACGAGAAGACAAGUAGACCGUUCAGGGACCAGUUGUAAAAACAGUAAUACAACUUGAUUUUCAUCAAAUCAGAAGCUCGCAUUCAUAGGACUCGCGUAUGACUUUCUUAGUUUUGUUUAAACGUAAAAAAAACGUAAGGGGCAAAGGGCCCUCUGUCAGGUUGACCAUGUGAGAAGACAAGAUCUUGGUUGAGCAUGAGACUUUGCCUAGACGGACAGAGAAGAAAACGGCUUGCCUUCCCCUGGUGUGUGUUUCAUAAAGGUGUUCGUUAAGUUACGAGUGACGUUACAAAUCACUGGUAUUCCUUCUUAAGCGUUAAACCAACAUCAUCGAAAAGUUGGUGUAUAAUAUUUACCACAAAAAAGGGAUCACCAGUCGUUCGUUAAGUCGCUCGUAACUUUUGAACAACUUUAUGAAACACCCACAACGUUUCGCACCCUUUAUAGUUCGGUAACACCCAGUAUUCUACCUUCUCAGCUGGACGAACUUGGUGUGACGAGAACCAUGAGCUUGUCAUUUUGUUUUCUUUUUCUCAACUUGAAGUGAACUAAUGUUCUUGACUGGUUACCCUGAAAGGUCGACAUGACAAGGACAUGGCAAGGAGCUUUUCACAUCGCCUUCUCAUCAAAGAAUCAUGCCUUGAUGUCGUCUUCCCUUCCUGAAUUAUUUCGUCAUCUCGAUGAACCAAAGUAUAUGAUGCUCUGAUGUGGUGCGUCAAAGAUGAAUUUCACCUAUGAUGACUACUGUCUUGACUAUACUGUUACAGGUAUUAACAAUCGAACAAUGAAUAGUUAAAUAUUUUUUUAUUUUUUUCAAAACUGGGUGAUAUUAAUGUAUAGUAUAUCAACUUUCAUUUUCUUAGAUUAGCUGCAGGCUUGGCAACAGCGGUAUGUUAGAAGUACGAAAAUUUUCAAUUCCCAGGUUCAGAUCAAGAUUUUCGAUUUUGUCACAUUCAGGACUGAAAAAAGACGUUUGCAAUGCCAAAUCUGAAAAGGGUAAUAGAAAUAGACGUUCUACGUAUCAUUUCUGAAAAAAACUUCACGUUUUGAGUGCAAGAUGAAAAGGUAUUACGUCUCUUGUUCAAGCUAUUGCAAAUUUGUAUCUAUUGUUUUUGCGUUAUUAUUAGAGAGAUGGGAUGGGUAAUCAAAUAACAGAGCUAAUCUAGAUACAUUAUUUAGGUUAGAAUGUGUAUAGAUAUACACUUUUUUGUUUGGAUUAUUUUGAUUUGUAUUCAUAAAAUUAAUGAGUGGCCCUAACGGACAGGUUUGGGGUCCUAAUUCGAAUUUUUAAUAUCGCACAAUUUUAUAUCAGUGUCAAGGAGUUUUUAUAUUAUAAGCAAUUAUGUAAAAAAAUCGUUUGAAAAUAUUUAUGAUGAUGAUAAGAGCUGGCCUCUUUAUGCAUUUUCUUGAUACGUUAAAUAUCAUAAGCUAUUUCCAUACAUAAUAUAAUAUACACAAUGUAUUAUGUAUACGAAAAAAAAGUAUUUUUUUAGAAUGUAGGCCGAUUUCUUUAGCCCGAAAAUAGUGCUUUUCGGCGUCUCUUUUAUAUUGAUACCAUUUACUUUACGGAUGGUCCUUCUUUGCACUGUAUAUAUGACUAGUGAUGUUAUAAGUAUUCAAAGCUCUAUAGUUGUCUCUUUUAUACGUUUUGAAUUAAUGGCAUGAAGAAAUCCAGUGUAUUGAGCGCAAAAAUGUGAAGAAUGAAAAAAAAAUCCCCAGGCGGGAUCCACCCCUCCCAUAUCUUGAUUGACCAUUGUGUUUAAGCAUAUUGGAUAUGAUGGUGUUGUUGAAGAUGUACGCAAUCGGGUUGAUCAUAUGCUGCCUUAUCAUACAUGUAGGUCAACUAUAUAGUAUUCUGAUGAAAACAAUUACAAAGUCAUUUUCUACCUC